CAAGGAUACUCCAGUCCAGUGGUUGUUUGGUAACGAAUUUGUUGGGAAGGUUUUAUUUGGGAGAAACAAAGAAACUCUUUUAACCAGAACGGCGGAGAGAUAGAUAGACGAAGAAGAAGAUACUGUAAGCCAGGAAUAAUCUAGAAAAACAGAUUCUUCCUAUUAAAGCCAAUAAUUCUCCUCUACAGUAAGAUGGCUGCAACAGGGGCAACUACUUUUUCGGUUGCAUCUGUUUCUUAUGGAAGCCAAGGAUCAAAAUCUAAAUCCUUGAACUUUAGAUUCAACUCCCCAAACUAUCUUAAGAGUUUCAGUGGUCUAAAGGCUGCAGGAUCUGUUAGAUGUGAAUCUGAAGCGUCUUUCUUUGGCCAAGAUAGUGGUGCUGCUCUUCGUGCCUCUGUCGCAGUAAGAGCUGAGAAACAGAACAAGGAGGGUCUUGAGAGAUGUUUCCAGCCUCAGGCUUCUUUUAAAGUGGCAAUUCUCGGGGCAGCUGGAGGAAUUGGUCAGCCCCUUUCACUUUUGAUCAAGAUGUCGCCUUUGGUCUCGGCCCUUCACCUCUAUGAUAUUGCUAACGUGAAAGGAGUUGCAGCUGAUCUCAGUCACUGCAAUACUCCUUCCCAGGUUCUAGACUUCACUGGCCAGGCCGAAUUAGGGAAUUCAUUGAAAGGUGUUGAUGUGGUUGUCAUACCAGCUGGUGUUCCAAGAAAACCAGGAAUGACACGUGAUGAUCUCUUCAACAUCAAUGCUAGCAUUGUGAAAACCCUGAUUGAAGCCGUCGCCGAUAAUUGUCCUGAUGCAUUCAUCCACAUCAUCAGCAACCCUGUCAACUCUACAGUACCAAUUGCAGCAGAAAUUUUGAAGCAAAAGGGUGUUUACAACCCAAAGAAGCUUUUUGGUGUUACAACUCUUGAUGUUGUCAGGGCUAACACUUUUGUUGCUCAAAAGAAAAACCUCAAGCUCAUUGAUGUGGAUGUCCCAGUUAUUGGAGGGCACGCUGGGAUCACCAUCCUACCACUUCUUUCUAAGACCAGACCAUCUGUAAGCUUCACAGAUAAAGAAGUAGAAGAUUUGAUAGUAAGGAUCCAAAAUGCGGGAACAGAAGUUGUCGAAGCAAAGGCAGGUGCAGGAUCUGCCACCUUAUCCAUGGCCUAUGCAGCAGCAAGAUUUGUUGAGUCAUCUCUACGUGCUCUUGAUGGAGACUCAGAUGUGUAUGAGUGCUCAUAUGUCCAGUCAGAAUUGACUGAUUUACCCUUCUUCGCAUCAAGGAUUAAGAUUGGAAAGGAAGGGGUUGAGGCCAUCAUAUCCUCUGACCUCCAGGGUUUGACUGAGUACGAAACAAAGGCACUGGAUGCCCUUAAACCAGAGUUGAAGUCCAGCAUUGAGAAGGGUGUGACCUUUGCACAGAAGAAAGAGACCCCAGCAUCAGUUUGAAAGCUGAAACCAACUACUACUACUACUACACAGCCAUAAUAUGAGUAAUAUGUUGAAGGCAAAUAAAACCCAAGGUUUCAGUUUUGUAGUGCAGAAGAGUUUUCUGUUUCUUAUGCAGGGUUGCUAUUUUUGAGUAGCCAGAAAUAGAUUUUGGGUUAACAUAGUGUUGUAGGUUGAAGAGAAUUUUUCGUGGGUUCACAUGGGAGAUUGUAUUUUCAUUUAUGCUUUCUGAUUGUUAUUCUCUACUUUACCUGUUUCCUUGUCAGUUGUCGUCUCUGCAGUGUAUGAAUCUCAUUCAGUAAAAAUGGAAGCCAUUAAUAAGUUGGAAUUGAAAAUGCAAUUGAAUUCAUUUGGAUGUUGGAUCU